CAAGCGCCACAGGAAAAGUCGCGAAGACACAUCUGUCCUCCUCCCCCCCCCCCAACACACACACACACACACGCACGCGCCGAAUGUCGCCGUGUUCUUGUCGUCUGCGUGUGACUUGAGGGCCGCGGUGCCCCGGACCUCUGCGGGAAGUUGUUGCCGCCCAGCGGCCGCUGUCGAGGGCGUAGUGACCGCCGCGUUGCCGGGACGGUGCGGCGCGAUGGAGAACGUGCACUAGCCGGAAUUUGGGGAAUUGUUUCUUUUUCUUGUUUUUUUUUUCUCGGAUUAAAACAGCUGGUUCUCCGUGGAGAUUAUCUUUUUUUUUUCUUUCUUGGAAGUGCGGAGAGGCGAAUUCUUCUUUUUAAAAAUGCCUGCUAAAAGCAAGUACAACCUCGUUGACGAUGGGCACGAUUUGCGGAUCCCGCUGCACAACGAGGAAGCGUUCCAGCAUGGGAUCAACUUCGAGGCGAAGUACAUCGGGAGUCUGGAUGUGACGCGGCCGAGCAGCCGAGUGGAGAUCGUGGCUGCGAUGAGAAGAAUUCGGUACGAGUUCAAGGUGAAAAACAUCAAGAAGAAGAAAGUCAACAUCGUGGUGUCGGUCGACGGCGUGAGAGUCGCCUUGAGGAAAAAGAAAAAAAAGAAGGAGUGGACGUGGGACGAGAGCAAGAUGAUGGUGAUGCAGGAUCCCAUUUACAGAAUAUUCUAUGUGUCUCAUGAUUCACAAGAUCUGAAGAUAUUCAGCUACAUCGCCAGAGACGGACAAAGCAACGUCUUCCGCUGCAAUGUCUUCAAGUCCAAGAAGAAGAGCCAGGCCAUGCGCAUUGUCCGCACAGUCGGCCAGGCGUUCGAGGUGUGUCACAAACUGAGUCUGCAGCACACGCAGCAGAACGCAGACGGGCAGGAGGACGGCGAGAAGAACGGCAACGACUCCACAGGCGUGCGUGCUUACCCACCUGUAUGUGUGUGCACUUUCCUCGGCUCAGCUCGAGAGCUGAGUGGCGCGGAGAAGACGCCGACCGUCUCCGAGGAGACGGAUAUCGACGCGGAGGACGCGGGCCACGAGUCUGCAGCAGAGUUGAACCUCAACAGAGGCGUGACGGACCUGGACGCCACGGCCAAGCCCGCCGAGCCCGACCACGAGGAAAGCAAGGCUUCAGAGGAGGCCUCUCUGCUGAUCGCCAGCCCCAGGAUGCUGCUGCCUCCAUCAGGCACGCUCCCACCAGGCGCCCCCCUGUCUGUGCACCACCAGAUCCAGCUGCUCCAACAGCAGCUCCAGCAGCAACAGCAGCAGACACAAGUGGCUGUGGCACAGGUUCACCUGUUGAAGGACCAGCUGAAUGCGGAGGCCACGGCUCGGCUGGAGGCUCAGGCUCGAGUCCACCAGCUGCUGCUGCAGAACAAGGACCUGCUGCAGCACAUCUCCCUGCUGGUCAAACAGAUCCAGGAGCUGGAGCUCAAGAUGUCUGGACCGAACUCCAUGGGAUCUCAGGACAGCCUGCUGGAGAUCACCUUCCGGUCUACAAUUCCUGCAGUCAUCUGCGACCCCACAACACCCAAACCGGAUGUGUCCGCCCCCCACCUGCCCGCGCUGGGCUCCACCGACGGGACCGGGAACGCCUUCUCGUCCUCCAAUGGGACCCUGGGAAGCCCCCUAGUUGAUCAAAGUAUGUUUGAGAACUCCGUUGCCCAGCAGUCCAGUCCUCAGACCUCGAGGUCGGGCCAGCCCUCCACCCGACGCCCCCCGGCAUCAGCCAAUCACAGCCUGGGGUCCGGCGCUGUCGACUCCCCAUCCUCUGGAGGCCAACAGAGGCUUAAAAAUGCCAUUAACCUGGGAAAGGCUGUCGGGGCAAAGGUGAAUGACUUGUUAAGGAGGAAAGAGCCCAGUCACCUCGGGGACAUCGGGGUCACAGAGGUCAACAAGAACGUGGAUGCCGUGUGGAGCAGUCUGGACCAACUCCACCAGUCCUCUGCAAACAGUCACAUCUCCUCUUUUGACUCCUUCCCCCGGCUGGACCCACCACCCCCGUCGGGGAAGAAGCGCCUCCCCAGGGCGCUGAAGACCACCCAGGACAUGAUGAUCUCCUCUGAUCCGGUGGUCGCCUCUCCGGACCCCGCUGACUCUUCCUCCUUCCUUUCUUCUCCCGACAAGACGCCCCUCAUCGCCAAGGAGGAGCUGAGGAACAACGAGGAGCAGCCGCGGGGCCGCAGGGAGGAGGAGGAGGAGGAGGACGGAUCAGAGGAGCUCACGUUGCCCCCAAGCCCGGCGGAGAAGAAACGUGUCGCUGAUUGCUGGGAGACAACGGGAGGCGACGGCGGAGCCGCUGAGGUGACGGGCGAGGGGGAACCUGUGGUGGGGGGCGAAGAGGAGCAUCAGCCGCAGCUGUCCGUGCCGGACCUCAUCAACAAGGAGACCCCCCCGGAGGCCGGGGGGAGGCCCCGCGACGUCUGGCAGAGGGCAGAGGGGUCGCGCUCCCGGCUGGCCUCCACCCCCUGCCCCGACAAGACGCCCUGCCGCGUCAGCCUGGGCGAGGAGGUCCUUCUGGGCAACGGCGCCCCCUGCAGUAAAAGCGUCGGGGUGAGCGCCGGGGAGUCCGAGUCGCACCCGGACCUGCUAAUGUUUGAGUAGCGGGUCACACUCGCAGCCCAGUACGCCGCAGAAAGGUCAAAUCGGUUGCUCUGAAUUUCAACUGGAGGGGCAGAAAGGGUCAUUCGAACCGACUCAGAAGGAUUCAAUAUUCACGGCCACUUUUCCAUGUUUAACUCUCCCACGCUUUAAGAAAAGGGAACAAGGGCUUGUGUGAAUGCGUUUAGAUGUGCCGACAGAGAGACACUACCAGCUUCUCCCUGAUGACGGGAGCACAGAGCCGGAAGCAGGAGGUGUGGGGUCAUUAUGGUGCAGUGAGAAUUAAAUAUUAACAUGUCAAACAUAGAACGUCACUAUUGAGCAAUAUCAUUUUAUCAUCACCGUCUAUUUAUCAUCUUAAGCUCGUUUUCUAACAUAUUUGCUUUAGUAAUGCAGUAAUACCAAAUAAUGAUUCAUAAUGAUGAAUGUAAUCGGGGUGAUGAAAAUGUCCUUUUAAAUGGGCUAAAAGUGUAAAAUCCUUUCAAACAAAAACUGCCGAUCAUAAAAACAGCUUUGUAAAUCAUUCUUGCUGAAAAGUCAGAUUUUUUUAAAUCUUUUAAAAAAAAAUGGAUGAGUUCUAUUAUUUAUCAGCAUUAAGUUAUUAUCAUGACAUUCUUUUUUUACAUUUAAAAGGGUAUUUGUGGUCACUGUAGUCCAUAAUAUACAAAAGCUGCCACAAUGAAACCAAUUACAAACCGCAGCUGAUAUGUGUUCAUCGUCAUGUCAUUUGCAUUUAAUUUAAUUAAUUUUGUCAGUUUAAUCCUUUUUCCAGUAUGGACAAAUGGUGGAAUGGCAGGAAACGGGAGGGAGCUGCUGAGGGCGUGAGGACGUGUUGGAGGUGGGCGGGUUCUGGGGGAGUUUACUUGCCUUUUGACCCGCAGCUUCAUUUAUAUUACAGCAUUUCUGUCCCAUUUGCGGCCCAUUAAGAGUCCUAGAGCUUGUGUCUCUGGCAUGGACUGUGUCCCUCAAGGGGACCUUUCAACGCUGCGCCAGCAGGGAACAAAUGCCACAACAUAUAGAUUAUUAUAGAUCAUUAUUUUCUUUUGUUUUUGCCGAAAAUAUCAGACAUAUAGAGGCUUUACUCCUCCACCCAGAUAGUGUUAGAGAUUUGCAACAGUAAAUAUUGGCCAAUCUUUAAUGUUUGAAUCGGUAGAUAUAUAAGACAGAACUGAGUUGUUGUUGUUUGCGUGUCUGUAUUUCGGGUCGAAGAGGAGAAUUGCUUCCAGUCUUCCUUCCUGCCGACAUCGAGACGGACGGACGGGCGGCGUGUUGUUUUCUAUCAAAAGAGAAAAGAGAAUAUAACGAGCUGUCAACCGCGACAGAUGAAAGGUGUAUUUUAUUCGAGCAGAUCAUUUAGUGACAGACCAAAGACAGGAAUUAGCAGCUCAGCCAGAACGUGUUCUUUGUGGGGGGAAAAAGAAGCAAUAUUUUAGUAUUUCUUUUAGUUUCCAUUCUACGAUUACGAAACAAAAUGUAAAACCAAAGUUGCGACGUUUUCAACAAUUCGAUAGCGAUUCACGUGCAUGUUUAAGACUUUCCUGACUCCAUCAGAUGUGUCCAGCUGCUCAAAGGCGAGCCGAGUUCACACGCGUGUGCCUCACCAUUGUUUGGCUGACAGAUCGGGCUGGAAAUCUGCUUUUAUUACACCAUUAACUGAACAUCUGGCGCACAUGAAAAGCAGCCUUCCAGAUUCCAAAUCCAGACCCUAAAAAUAACCCCGUUUUCAAAAAGAGCUCAACAGGCGGCAUCUGUAAGUGACCACUGGACCGCUUGACUUAAAAAAAGGACACAGACUCUGGACCAGCUGUAGUUUCUGUCGGCUCGCGUCCGGCAGAAUGAGAGGAAUGUGGAGUCGGCGCGUUAGAGAAAGGACGCUUUGUCUCCCUCAGUCUGUCUCCCGUCGCUCUCGUGUUCCUCACAUACCGCAAACGUCCCCAUUGAUUUUCUUCUUCUUUUUUUUUUAUGCGGAAGCUUUAACAGCUGGCAUCCACACAACAAACCAAAUUGCCCAAAAAUAAUUCCCCCAGAUGUUUUAAUCGAGGGGUCCUCAGACCUUUCUGUGCACUUUAGUGGCGCGUUGCUGUCGUUGACGUGAAGUUUUGAUUGGGUCUCGAUGCAGUGAGGUCUGUGUGCGCACACACACACACACACACACACACGUGCUGCUGUUUAAUCUUUCAAAUGUCAUAUCUCCUCUGGGUCGCGGCGGCAGAUGUUCCAGCUGUGUCUUUGCUGAGGGAGACAAAGUGUGAAUAUUUUGAGGUUUGGGCAAACUGACCUUACGUGAAAAUGAAAGCCGUGAAGAAACCAAAAGUAGAGACCUAAACUAAAUGAUCUGAUACUGAUAAUCAUUGGGAGUUAAAAAUGAUACAUAUAAACAUUUCAUCUUUUCGAUUACUAAGUCAUUUGUACAUCUUAAAUUUCUUAAUGAUCUGGUUUAAAAUGUUUUCAUAAAAAGAAGCACAAAUAACAUGAAAUAUUAACUAAUGAAAACAAUUAAAGUAUAAAAGGUUUGGUCCAAUUACCCAGUGCUUGAAAAUAAAAAAAAUCAUUACCUAAGUCCAUUUUAAAGCAGUGAUGCAAAAAUAUGCGAAUCAGUCAUUUUAAUCUUGGCUCAUUCUUAAACACGGUGGUCAUUCAGAUUCUACACACCUAUAUAACCAGGUAUCAAGGGAGGUUUCUGACGCCCGCUGCUUAUAUUUAGUCUGCUGCUAAAAGCAUCAGAGGAGAUGAAUCGUUGCUCAGACGCCGUCAGACUUUCUUCCUUUCAGCAAAGAAAAGAGGCCAAAUGCAUUUUGAGGCAAUCCGAGCAGCUCGAUCUAGUCAGCUCGCAUCCUUUGAAACCACUAAAGUAGAUUUAUAUUGUAUUUUCUGAUGAAGGAACAGUGUUGUACAUUCUGUGGAAAUAUUCUAUUGCUUUUUCUUUUUUACAAUCUCUGUGAAUAUGCAAAUCGGGUCUUGCUCUAACAAAUGAAGGAAAGUGAUUUAUUUUGAUAUUCAGUCAUAAGUAGGUAUUGCAAUCCAUUAUAUAGUGGCCUCAAUUCAUUUGGCAAAUGAAAGAAAUAAGGUCCUGCUUUCUAUCUGUGGUGUUGUUGAAUGUUUUGUGUCUGUGAAGCUGUGGUGGAUGAAGGAAGCUGAACGCUGCACACGACGGCUUUUUGAAAGCAAACCUGGGACUUUCUGUCGAUUUGAUUCUCUAAAAGUGCUGCAAAUUAAAUCUCUAGCUUUGUAUCCAUGAUGCGGAUAUGCUACAGAAAUUGAAGCGAAUCAAUAUUUGUUUUACUUUUAUUUACCUGAUGUAUCUUUUUUUUUAAGUGGGGAUGCAAUAACUCCUAUAACGAAUGUAAUCAUUUUAAACAAGAAAUAGACCUAAUUGUGACCCAUUGGUUUUGUGUUGUAUGUUAUGUGUCUUUUUUUAAAGAUUGACCUCACUUUU